AGCGCGGCGGCUACGGGCCGGGCCGGCAUCGGGGCCGCGGAGGAGGUGCGGACGGGCUCAGGGGUGCUUCAGACGGGUCAUGGCAAGUCGGGGUGACCUGCGAGGUGUGUGGUUAGGGGACUCUGCGAGGUCUGGUCCCCACACUGCAGUGACCUCUGUUUCCCCUGGGAGGACCCUCCGGAAGGCAGGCCACCAUGUCCACGUUCAGGCAGGAAGAUGUGGAGGACCAUUAUGAAAUGGGAGAGGAGUUGGGCAGUGGCCAGUUCGCCAUUGUGCGCAAAUGCCGUCAGAAGGGCACCGGGAAGGAGUACGCGGCCAAGUUCAUCAAGAAGCGCCGCCUGUCGUCCAGCCGGCGGGGGGUGAGCCGCGAGGAGAUCGAGCGCGAGGUGAGCAUCCUGCGGGAGAUCCGGCACCCCAACAUCAUCACGCUGCACGACGUCUUUGAGAACAAGACUGACGUGGUGCUCAUCCUGGAGCUGGUUUCCGGCGGGGAGCUCUUUGACUUCCUGGCCGAGAAGGAGUCGCUGACAGAGGACGAGGCCACCCAGUUCCUCAAGCAGAUCCUGGACGGCGUCAACUACCUGCACACCAAGCGCAUCGCCCACUUCGACCUCAAGCCCGAGAACAUCAUGCUACUGGACAAGAACGUGCCCAACCCACGCAUCAAACUCAUCGACUUUGGCAUUGCUCACAAGAUCGAGGCAGGCAACGAGUUCAAGAACAUCUUCGGCACCCCGGAAUUUGUAGCCCCUGAGAUCGUCAACUAUGAGCCACUGGGCCUGGAGGCUGACAUGUGGAGUAUUGGUGUCAUCACCUACAUCCUGCUCAGCGGCGCAUCCCCGUUCUUGGGCGAGACCAAGCAGGAGACGCUGACCAACAUCUCAGCUGUGAACUACGACUUUGACGAGGAGUACUUCAGCAGCACCAGUGAGCUGGCCAAGGACUUCAUCCGGCGGCUGCUCGUCAAAGACCCCAAGAGGAGAAUGACCAUCGCCCAAAGUCUGGAGCAUUCUUGGAUCAAGGCCAUCCGGCGGCGGAACGUGCGCAGCGAGGAGGCGGGCCGGCGGCCGGAGCGGCGGCGGCUGAAGACCACGCGGCUGAAGGAGUACACCAUCAAGUCGCACUCCAGCAUGCCGCCCAACAACACGUACGUGAACUUCGAGCGCUUCUCCAAGGUGCUGGAGGAGGUGGCGGCGGCCGAGGAGGCGCUGCGCGAGCUGGAGCGCGGCCGGCGGCUGUGCCGGGCCGACCUGGCGGCGCUGGCGGCCGCGUGGGCCGAGCGGGAGGCGCGCCUGCGCGAGGACGGCGCGCGCCUGGGCCUCGACCUGCGGCGCCUGCGCCACGAGCUGCUGCGCGCCGAGGCCCUGCGGCGCCAGGCCCAGGACGACGCCCGCGGCGCGCUGCUCGGCGCCGGCGGCCUCAAGCGCCGUUUCGGCCGCCUGGAGAACCGCUACGAGGCGCUGGCCGAGCAGGUGGCGUCCGAGGUGCGCUUCGUGCGCGAGCUGGUGCGCGGCCUGGAGCGGGAGAAGCCGCAGGGCGGCGAGUGCGGCCUCCGCUAGCGGCCGAGCG